AUGACGAUGGACAGAGAUAAGGAGAGAGAGAUAGAGCUGGAGAGCGCAAUGUACACUAACUGUUUACUGUUAGGGUUGGAUCCGGCCGUUAUCGAAGCCACCAACGGCAAUCCUCCUCGGGUCGGGUCGUUCCGUCACUCCAACCCGAAACUCGGCGAGCAGCUCCUCUACUUCAUCCUCUCCUCCCUCCGCGGCCCAAUCCAAUCCGCCAAGGAUUUCGAUAAGGUCUGGCCUAUCUUCGAUUCCACGCAAGGUCGCGAUUUUCGCAAGGUAGUGCAAGGGAUUAUUAGUGAGCUCGAAUCGCAAGGGGCGCUUCCGAGGAGCAAUUCGAGAGUUUCAUCACUUGCUACAUGUUGUGGACCGAGGUUUGUGGAACUUUUGUGGCAACUCUCUUUGCAUGCUCUGCGAGAGGUUCAUAGGCGGACAUUUACAGCUGAUGUAGCUUCUAACCCUCUUCCGGCAUCAUUGACGGAUGUAGCCUUUUCACAUGCUGCCACUUUACUUCCUGUUACAAAGGCUAGAAUAGCACUCGAAAGAAGAAAGUUUCUUAAGAAUGCAGAAACAGCAGUACAGAGACAGGCCAUGUGGUCAAAUUUGGCUCAUGAAAUGACAGCAGAGUUCCGUGGUCUUUGUGCUGAAGAGGCUUAUUUGCAGCAAGAGCUGGAAAAGUUACAUGACCUUAGGAACAAAGUCAAGUUGGAAGGGGAACACUGGGAUGACCUGGUAUCUAGUUCGAGUCAGAAUUCUCAUUUAGUAUCCAAGGCUACUCGUUUAUGGGAGUCGAUAUUAGCUCGUAAAAGUCAACAUGAAGUUCUUGCUUCGGGCCCUAUUGAGGAUCUAAUCGCUCACCGGGAGCAUAGGUACCGUAUUUCUGGAUCUUCAUUGCUUGCAGCUAUGGAUCAGAGUUCUCAGGUUCCUUAUGCAGAUGUCUUGUCUGUCCAGUCUGGUGAUUUUACUCCGACACAUGAAGAUGAUAAAGAACAGAGUGAUGGAUCAUAUGUCAAUGUGAACAGAGAAAAGAUGAAGAAUAAUUUAGAUUCAUCACAUUCACAAGUAAAUGAUGAAACUCUUCAUCGGGCUGAUGAGAGAAGUGGAAGAGUACACCCAAUGGUGGACGUGGCUGAAAUCAUCAGGCGUUGGACACAUGCUUUACAGCGUAUUCAUAAACAGUCACUCCAUAUGGCAAAAGCUAAUGAGGGUGAGGGUCCAGAAAUUCUUAGAAGCGCGCAUGAAGGCAGUUCAAGUGGUCAUGCCGAGUCAUUAGCUGCAACACUUGCUGAACAUCAGCAGCACUUGGUUAGCUUUCAGGUCCUCAUUAAUCAACUGAAGGAAGUUGCUCCAGCUAUACAAAAGUCAAUAUCAGAAUGUACAGAUAAAGUAGAUAGCAUUUCUUCUAAUCUGCCCCAAAUGACUAAACACCCUGGUCGGUCAACCUCACCUAGUCAAGCGCAGAGCAGUGGAAGGGCAUUGGAAAGCACUGAUGAUGUGGCUGAAGUGACUUCCAAAUUGUCUACCUUUCAGUUUGAAAAGGUGUCAGCCAGUCCACCUGCUCUAAAGCUCCCCCAGUUAUUUAGCGCGACGCCUAACUCUCAUAAGCGCCUUGCUCCAGCUGCUCAAAUAAGCCAAAUAGAGAACUUUUCUGAAAGAAAACCUUUAGAGCAGCGUCUAUCGAAUAAUCACAUAAACAAUCUGCCACAAGAUAGUGAUAGCCAUUUUGUCCAGAAUUUAAAGAGAUCUGUUAGGGAAGCUGCUUUGUCACGGAAGUCCUUACAGUCCAAAUCAUCACUAGGCAGUCAUUCUGAUGAAGGCUCAGAGCACUUCUUCAUGCCUCUUUCAUCAUCUGGGUUUUCUCGUCUGGCUCCAGAAUCUAAAGGGGUUUCGUUAACUAGUUCACUUCAUGAUUAUGACCAUGUAAAUGGGUUUCUUUCCAUUACGGGUUCAAACAGUGCUGCUUCAGAUGUACAAAGGUCGUUUUAUGACUUCGAGGAAGCUCAGGAUCAGGUCUUCUCACCUCCUUUGCUAAUAGAAGAUGCUUAUGAAGACUUACUGGCACCGCUUUCUGAAACUGAAGCAGCAUUAAUGGAACACUGAAAUUGUGAAUUGACUGCCGAGAUUGAUUUUUGGUCUGGUUUAUAUGUAUCUGAUUAUUACACAUGUAUGUUGCUCAAAGCCUCGAACAAUAGAAAUGAGAGAUUUGUUGUUGAAUCAUAGGGUGUCCUAUUUUCUUGUACAGUAAUUAUCUUCCCACUGGAAUUAUGAGUGAAUUUCUUUGUUUGAGUAGAAAAAGAUAAAUCAAUUAUUC